AUGCUUUUUUCUGCUUCAUGCAGCUACACUCACACAUCUCAUCAUCAAAUCAAACGAAAGACUGAUUUCGACAAGCAUCCUUAUUGGAAUAAUGUUCCAACAGGACGUACAAAUAUUGAAGAUCCUCCACAACUUGAAUAUGAUGAACAUGAUAUUGAUUUCAUAGCUGAUCAAGAUGGUGCCGAUAUACGGCAGCAACUUGGUUUUGACAAUCAACAACAAGAUUUGGAUUUCAGUGAUGAUGAGAAUAUUAGCGGCGAUCCAUAUGAUAAUGGUAUGGCAUCAAAUUCAAAUAAAAAUCGAGGAUUAAUCAAAGGGAAUAUAACAUCAGAUGGAAUUAUUGAUGAUGAUUUUGAAUCAGAAUUAGGAGGAAAUGAACCAAUAGAAUUACAUGAUACAGAAGAUGCUGAUUAUCAAUUAAUGGCAAAAAUAGCUGAAUACGGAAUUAUUGAAUGCUGUGGCGAUGAUAAAUUUGGUCGUAAAACAAUUGUUUUUUCAGCAUGUCGUUUACCAAAUGAAGAACUUAUUAGAAAUAGUGAAUUUAAAACAGUUAUUAAAUUUCGUGAAUGUUUAUUUAAAUAUUUUUUACAAGCAUUUGAUCAAUAUGUUGAUAUGGAUUAUGUUCUGAUUUAUUUUCAUUAUGGAUUACGUUCAUAUAAUCGACCAUCAUACGGAUGGUUAAUGAAAUCUUAUCUUAAAAUUGAUCGAAAAUAUAAGAAAAAUUUAAAAGCACUUUAUGUAGUACAUCCAACAAAAUGGGUUAAGUUUCUUUGGCCAGUUCUUCGUUCAUUAAUAAGUGCAAAAUUCUCACGUAAAGUGACUUAUAUUAAUCAUCUUAGUCAACUUGAAGAAUAUGUUCAUCUUGAAAAUAUUCGAAUACCUGUUGAAGUUAAAAAUUUUGAUCCUGUUAUUCGUUUGGAAUUACCAAAAAAUCAAAUACGACCAACAACAAAAUUUCAUGUUUCACUUCAAUUUAUUCUAGAAAAUGAACCAGGUGAAACUGUGCCAAUCGUUGUUCGACAGACAAUUGAAUACAUUAAAAAUUGUGGACUUAAUGAACCAGGUAUAUUUCGACGAGCUGCAGUUGUUUCAGUGAUUAAACAAAUACAACAAAAAUAUAAUGAAGGUCAACCAGUUAUAUUCGAACAAUAUGGUGAUGUUCAUUUAGCAGCAUGUGUUUUGAAAACAUUUUUACGAGAUUUAUCUGAACCAUUAAUGACAUUUCGUUUAUAUCCUGAACUUCUUGGCCUCUCAGGUACACUUAAACGGCCUGAUCAAGUUGAUGUUAUUCGAGAUCUUAUUAUUGAAAAAUUACCAACACAAAAUUAUAAUGUUUUAAAAUAUCUAAUUGAAUUUUUAAAUUUGGUGGCUAAUUAUUCAAAUACAAAUCUAAUGACAACAACAAAUUUAUCGAUUGUUUUUGGGCCUAAUCUAUCAUGGUCUGAAGAUGUUCAAAUGAAUACAUUGACUAAUUAUGCACUUAUUAAUACGUUUACGGAAAUUUUAAUUGCACGUUAUACAGAACUUUUUCUCAAAUAA